UAAAAUUUGGCGCGGCAUAUUCCCGCGAAAAUAUUGCCAGGCGCCAGGCUGUUGGAGAGAUAUUUGGAUCCGAAAAACUGUGUUUUCUGUGGUUUCUGGCAUAGAUAUGGUCAUAUCAUAUUAGAUUUUGCCACACGACAGAGGUUAGAGGUCGCCUGUUCCACCAUGAUGGUCACAGUGGUGGGUGCGGGGGACGGUGGCGCAAAGGAGCUCGUAUCGAACCUUCUCGCCGAGUCAAACCCUGAUGUAGACAGGGUCUCCUCAUACACCAAGCUUAUUGACCAUCUGCGUGAGGAUGGAGGUGGGACUCUCCCCCACAGUCUCAGUAAACUGUCAGGACAACUGCUGCCCAGGCUGCAGGCUGAUGUUGAACUUGGUGCCACAAACACUGAAGUAUCCCAGACUGCUCUGCAAGCUCUCGGGCUCUGCCUUCACCAUGCAGAGAUUUCAAAGUCUAUUUCAGACGACCUUGCAAGGAGCUUGCUACGAGUCCUGUGCACCACCCUGAAGGUGCAAGACAAGACCACAGCUAUCAGAGCACUGUGGUGCAUCGCUAAGCAGAACUUCCCUUCUCAUGUCAUCAAGGAAGAGUUGGGGGGUGUCUUGAACGCCAUCGUAGCCGUUAAAGACUCUGGAAGUUUCCAGUUCGUCAGUGUCGAACACGAGUCUCUCAUCGCCAUCAGAAGACUACUUGAACAGGUACCAGGUGACAUGGCUGUCCACGCACAGCAGUGGAGUAAGCUCGUGCUUCUGUCCGUUACGCACACGGCGCCAAAAGUCCGUGAGAGAGCGGCGGCAGCGCUGGAGGCUGGACUUCCCGCCAUGAUGUCACAGCAAGAGGCAAUCGUAGCAGAAUUGAUCCCAGACUUAAAAUCUACUCUGAUCCCAGAGCUGACCAAGUUGUUCAAGCCAAACCAUGAAGAGUUUGUACUAAAAGUUUGGGCGAGCAUCAUUACGCUACUGGGAAAGUCAAUCCACAAGGGUGGAAGUGUCAUCAAUGGACUUCUAGGCAUCGUAGAGCAGGGCUUCAAGAGUACUUACAUCGACACCCGCGUGGCCUCCCACGCAGCAUGGAAGUCCCUGAUCGACAACUUUGCGACCAACCCAGACACGAUCUCCAACGCCAAACGUUUGAAGCUGCUACUACAGCCCAUACUGGUGGACAACACCAAACAGGAGUCUGUAGUGACGGUCCGACUCCAGACCUGGUGGCACCUGGCGAGGGCACUUGGCCCCAACCUGUCCCAGAACUUUGAACAGGUCUGUGGUCCCCUACUGCAGUUCUGCCUGGGUCUCACACCAGGAACUCUUACCACCCCAGCCACUCCAGCAGGAGGCAAGAUGAUACUUAAUCAAACUCCACAGAGGAGAGGAUCCUUUGCUGCGCCAGGGCCGGCUACCCCACGGACCCCCCGUCUGGGAGGGGCGCAUCCACCCAGCAAGGCUGUCCAACUGGUGGGGGCCGAGAUACUGCUCCACCUGCUGGGCAAACCUGGUAUUGCAGCUGCUGCUAAGCUCACUCUAGCCCCCCUACAGGAAGAGUUGAUCACAUCUCCAGCCUUCUUCAUCAAACAUGCGGAGACUUUCAUCAGGGCCACACAGGAGGUCAUGUGCACUGUAAACCCUCACCUUCAGGAACCUGUAGUGUUGAACAUCUGGAGUUUGCUGACUGGACACAUCAGACAAGCUCUGCAAGAAGGGCCCAGGAAAGACUCUCAGAUCUCCAACAUGUUCUCCCUGUAUCUCUCCUGUAUACAAGAGGUCGUCGCUUCGAGAAAACUCAGGGCCAAUGUGAUGUUGAAACUCCUAGAAGACAUGUCCAGACUCCCACAGAAGGUGCUGAGUUCAACGUCUUACUGCCACGGAGGCUCCAAGGAUGUCAUGAACGGAACCCCAGCCUUGGUUCUACUCCAGGUGUUACUGGAGAGUCCAGACCUGAUUAAGGAGUGCAGCACUGAGGAAAGGUACUUCACAGUGUUCCAAAGCCUGGUGUCGUGUGGAGCCAGCCGACCAACGUCCUUCUUGGGGUUCUCACAGUCAGUGCUCCAGACAUUAGACAAAACAGCCAACUCUGUGCCCUGUAAGGAAAGCCUGUGGAGAGUAUGGAGCAGUGUGGCUUCCCCACUCCUGGAACAUGUCAGACAGAAUAACGAGGUUAACCAGGGGGACUCCUUGGAGCAUGACUUCAGUGCGCUGUAUGCUGCUCUCACACUCCCAGCAUCUCACAUCUUCAUAGCAGAAGACUUUCCACAUGCGUCUCUGAAAGCAGCGCUGCGGACUUGGAGUGAUCUGUACCAGUCGUUUGCGAUGUGUGCCGCCAUGGUUGCCACGGCGCCAGAAAACACAUGCUGUGAGGAACUCUGCCUGAAGCUGCUGCAUGUGUGGAGGGGCGACAGUUUAAAGACCCCCCAGGCCCUGGAAGCUGCAGUGAGCCUUCUGCAGACCAUGUUGGACAGUGUGGAUUUCCAUGAAAUCACCAGUGAGAACAAAGUCAUCAUGCCCCUGAGUCCAGCCAAGUUCCAACAGAAGAAACAACAGAAGACGAUGGGCAACUUGACCUCCAUGGUGACCUUGGUGUCAAAGGUCAUGGAGGAGCUGCACCAGAUCAGUGGGUCAGAGAAAACAGCUACAGCGGCAGCCUUGUCCACUAUUGGUGGAGGCGUGAUCAACGUGUUAUCUCUCUUGUUUGGACACAUCCAUCAACCUGCUGUGAUUGGUUCCCUCCUGGGUAAACUGGCCAAUCAGAUUGCAGUAUUCUAUGAAAGAUCAACCCGGGGUGCAACUGCAAGUAAGCUGUAUUCACCACAGUUCAUGCAAAAGCUUGAGAAGUUGUGGGGAGAGAUUCUCACGAGCAUCCAGUCACGACACUGCGGUCCGUACAACAUGGAACUCCUCGCAACGUUGUCCCCGCUACUUCAGCACACGUUCCUGCACAGCCGACAGCCAAUCAGAAACCAGAGUCUGCUCUUCUGGAACGCCACCUUCGCGAAUUCCGAGUCUCUGGUGUAUCCCGAGGAACUGAAACCUGUGCUGACCAAAGUGCAUGACAAAACCCCCAUCAGCCUGCCAGGCUGGCAGGUACAGACGACCGCCGGGCCGUCAGCGAGCAGUUCCCAACAGAUAGAGGAGUCCCAGUCUUCCAGUCUGCCGUCGCAGGAUUUCUCCCUCCCAAAUGUUCGUUCUCCCAAACUGAUGAGGGAGAGCUUCCUACGAAUGAGAGCUAAGGGUUCUCCAGCACGAUUCAGCAGAUCCCCCGUACAUGCUCAGCUCCGGAGUCCGUCAAAAAGCCCCGCCCGCAGCCCCGCCAAGUCUCCGGCAAAGUCCCCCGCCAAGGCAGCGGUCCGGAGGAAACUGCAUGUGGAUGAACAGAGCAAUGACGGCUUCGUCUUCAUCCCUCCGUCUCCCAAGAAACCCCUGGUGCUGACGGAGAGACAGAAGGAGAGAAUGAGAGAAAGAUGUGUUGUUCCUGCCCUCUACAAUGACCUUGAUGCGUCCCAAGAUGGUACCCAGUACUCCCAGCUCCUGUCUGAGGCCUCCCAACCAUCCCCACUCGAGAAGAAGGAGAUAACUUUUCCUGCCAAGAAACAGGACGUUCCCGAGACAACGGAGAAAGCAAGCGAGGAAGAACAAGAGAUAAUAUGGGGGCUGGAAAAGCGUGGUGGGAGCGCAACUCGGAGAACGUCUGACCGCGUGCGGUCCCAAAUCAUGAACAACAUCAAAUAA